AAAACCUAGAAAGUUUGUUAAGAGACCAACAUGUGCUCUCCUGCCAGUUCCAAAAUCCUAUACAGGAAUCCCCGGUUUCUCCGGUUAGCUUUUCUGCAGCUUCAUCACCAGCAACAGACUGGUGUGUUCUGUGAUGUCCUUCUGCAGGCAGAAGGUGAGGCAGUCCCAGCUCAUUGCUGCAUCCUGUCAGCCUGCAGCCCCUUCUUCACAGAGCGCCUGGAGCGGGAGAGGCCAGCUCAGGGUCGGAAGGUGGUGCUGGAGCUGGGGGGCUUGAAGAUCAGGACACUCAGGAAGCUGGUGGACUUCUUAUAUACCUCAGAGAUGGAAGUAUCUCGAGAAGAAGCCCAGGAUGUGCUUUCUGCUGCCCGUCAGCUCCGUGUAUCUGAGCUAGAAUCCCUUCAGCUAGAGGGUGGGAAGUUGGUGAAGGCUCCCCAGGGCCGAAGACUAAACAGGGAGUGCUUACAGCCUCCAGCGGCUGCACCAAUCUCUGCCAGGGUGGUGGCAUCCAGCCGCCACCCUCGGACUCCACUGCCUGUGACCCAGACUCCUUGCCCUCUUGGGCCAGUGAGAUUGAAGUCCUCCGGGAAGGACGAGGGGCCCCUAGAGAAAAGCAACCGACAGAAUGCAGAGAACUUGUCUGGCAACCUGCUCAAGAAGAAGGCCAGAGCUUGCCCAACUCCACAAGAAAAAAGCUCUUCACCAUCAAGCCACAGUCAGGGACCAAGAGAGAACAAGAGUGACCCUGCCAUUGUUCCUACAGCACUUUCUCCACCCAGUAUGUACCCUUCUGUAGAUGAGCGGCUAUUGCCCAGAAAGAUCAGACUGAGUCGCUCAAAGCCGUCUCCUGAUACCUGUACAUCCAAGCCUUCUAGCAUGGUAAGCAGACCCACCUCAGUACCCACAGCCCCUGGCCGGCGCCUUUGGCGGCAGAAGAGUAUAAAUAAAGUACCAGAAGACAAGGAGAAACCAGGGAGAGCUAGUCCUCUACAGAGCAUCCCAAGCCCAUCUGGCCUUGGGAAGACAGGUGGGAGCAAGAAGCGGAGCCCUGAAGUCAGGGCACCGAACUCAGACUCUGUAGAAGAGGGGCAAGUUGGAAGAGUGAAACUUCGGAAGAUUGUCAAUGGGACAUGCUGGGAGGUGGUACAAGAGCCUCCCCUCAAAAAUUCUCAAGACAGCCCUCAGAUCCUGGAAGCUCAGCACUUGGAAGAGACUGCGAGUACUCAGCCAUCCUCACAUAAAGAGCAGGAACUGUCAUCUGCUCAGGUAGACCUUUGUCAGGACUCCCCCUUGUGCUCUAGACUCCAAGACAUUCUGCUCUCUGCUAGCCGCUCCCCAGACCACGCAGUAGUGAAGUCUGAGUUCGGGUCCAGUCCAGAACUGAUAGGGAAGGAACCUGGGUUGACUAUGGACUGCAGAGAGCCCUAUGCAUUUGACACAGCCCUGCUGGGGCAGCCCUGCGAAGCCGAGGAGUACCGCAUCACGAGCGCUGCUGCCACCAGCGAGCUAGAGGAGAUCCUGGACUUCAUGCUGUGUGGCUCAGACAUUGAGCCCCCCAUAGAGCCCCCCAUAGGGUCUCUGCAAAGUCCUGGAGGGGAGGGCUGCAGGACCCCUAGCUAUCAUCUGACAGAAACAGGAAAGAACUGGAUUGAAGGGGAUGAAUGGUGUUUGCCAGACUUGGAACUCUGGCCCAGGGAGCUCACAGGACUGGAAAAGGAACCAGUUGGUGAGAACAAAGAGCCAGUUGAGCCCUUUAGCCCCCUUGUUAUGCCUUCUGAGAACAAAGAGCCAAUUGAGUCCCUUAGCCCCCUUGUCAUACCCUCUGAGGUGAGUGAAGGAGAGGUACUUUCAGUAGGAGGUUCCUGGACUCCAGAUCUGGAAAUUACCAGUUCCCAACCACUGGAUGGUCGGAGAGAUAAGCUUCAUAUGGACUCUCUUGACCUUCCCCAAAGGUCCUAUGAGGACCUCUCACCUCCCUGUUCGAACUGGAUGGACACUGGGCCAGAAGUGUCCCUAAGUAUGGAUGAGGUGUUGUAUUCUGCUCCAGAGGCGGGCAAGGAGGUACCUGACAACUCUGAGUUGUUGGACACGCUUUCUGCCAGCUCCGAAGAGGAAGAGAUUGAUGUGGUGGACUGGACAUCAGAGGGGAGGCUGGUGCCCACUGGUAUUCCCUCUGUGUGGCCCGACCCUUCCUCAGAGUCAGACACAGAAGUGGACAUACUAACGUAGAACAGGAAGUAGGUUAGGGGCAAUGGGAGGGUGGGAAACGUUGGCUAGUGAAAGGGAUAUUGACAGAGGCUAGCAUAUGCCAGGUCCUCUUAGCACAAGAGGCAGGUAUACUCCUAGCUCUCUUAAGGUCCUUUCUUCUCCCCAGGCUUUGGGAGCCAGGCAAAAAUAGUACCAUAGGUACAAAAUUAUGAACUUGAACCAUCUUAUUUCAUUGUAAUCUAUUUUCCAGUUAGUGAUAAACAAGUGAAACUAUAAACUGUGGUCCCCAACUCUACUGGAUCAUAAGUAACAACCAGCACCAGGUCUCCUAAGUUAUGAAGCAUCUAGUCACUGCUAAUUCAAUAAUAAAUGAGAAAAAAUACUUUCUACAAAACAUAAAAUAUUUUAGAAGG